AUGGGUAAAGGUGGUGGGUGUGUAUCAAGUAAGCAAAAAAUUCCAGUUUCUGAUCAAGAUCCCCAAACCAACAUCAUAAACACACCAAUCCCGGUACUAAAAAGCCGAAAAAUCUUCAUAAUAUUUUAUUCAAUGUAUGGUCAUGUGGAGUUAUUAGCUAGAAGAAUGAAAAAAGGUGUGGAUUCUGUUGAAGGGGUUGAGGGAUUUUUGUACAGAGUUCCUGAGACCCUGUCGAACGAGAUUUUGGUGCAAAUGAAGGCGAAUCGUAAGGGAAAUGAGAUCCCUGUGAUGUCUUCAGUUAGUGAGUUGGUGAACUGUGACGGGUUUUUGUUCGGAUUUCCUGCAAGAUUUGGUUGUAUGGCUGCUCAAAUGAAGGCGUUUUUUGAUUCUACUGAUGAAUUGUGGAGGGAUCAGAAGCUUGCUGGAUUGCCUGCCGGGUUUUUUGUGAGUACUGGAACGCAGGGAGGUGGGCAAGAGAGUACAAUAUGCACAGCAGUGACUCAGCUAGCUCACCAUGGCAUGCUAUAUGUUCCAAUUGGUUACACUUUUGGAUCAGAAAUGUUCACAAUGGAUUCCAUUAGAGGGGGCUCUCCUUAUGGCGCCGGAAUCUUCUCCGGCGAUGGAUCCCGGCAACCAACCGACACAGAGUUGGCUCUUGCUGAACAUCAAGGUAAAUACAUGGCUUCAGUUGUCAAGAGGUUUGCUAAACCUGGUAAUACCCAUACAUAAUGUUAUUAGUAAUACCAACAUCAUUUAGCUAACCUAGGAGCUUGUGAUUUUUUUUUCUUUUCAUAUGCUUCAACUUCAAAUCUACACUACAAAAACUUAUAGAGUUGUACGUUUUGGAUUCCGUUUUUUUCUAAAAAUGUUUAUGAAACUCAAAAAUAUUAUAUUUACAACCUACUUUUAUAGAAAAAUAUCAUUUUAUCGUUUUUCAUUUGAUGAUAGUUUGCUUAAGAAUAGGUUGUAGAUAUAAAAUUUUAGAGUUUCAAAAGUAUUUUGGAAAUAAAUACGAAAUAGUGAAUAUAAGACUCGAUAAAGUUUCGUGCUAUAUAUACAUAUUUGUAAAUUAUUUAAAAGUGUUUUAUUUGAUUGUAAAUGUAUUUUCUCUCAUCUAAAGUGUCAUAUUUGAUCAAUAAAAGUUGUGAGAUUUUGUUUUA